AUGAGGAUUCUUAAAUUUGAGGAUAAAGGAAAAGUUUACAAUGAAAUUACAAAAUGUACACCUUACGCUAAAGAUAAGGAAACAUUAAAUAAAACAAAAUGCCUAAAAAUACAUUCAUUUUCAAUUAUUAUUGAUUGGUUAAAUAGUCUCUUAAUAUGUAAUAAAAUUUUAAAUGAAAAUAAUUUAUACGAGGAAUUAAAAGAUGGUAUAAUAAUUUUAAAAUUAAUAAAAGUUUAUAAACCUGAAGUUGAGAUUCAUGGAAUUUUUGUUAAGGCAAUAAAAAAAAAAUGUGCUAUAAAAAAUUUAGAAAAGGCUCUGUCAAUAAUUUAUAUGAAUAAUCCUUAUUACUACUCUAUUGUAUCGUCAAUAGAUAUUUAUGAAAAAAAAAAAAAAAAAGUGAAUAUGUUACUCUUACAACUGUUUGACAAGUAUGAAUUCCAAAAUUUAAAAAAAAUUUCCAUUCCUUUAUUAAAUUGGUAUAAUCACACACUCAAAAAAUUUUCACUAUCACUAUCUCGUGAAACAUUAAAUGACCCUUUUAAUGUAUUAAAUAAUUAUCCAUAUGUUAAAUAUAAUAAAGAUAAAAUUUAUCAUAACAAUGAAACCAGUGAUAUGAAAUUUUUUAGAGAAAAUAAAGAAAAAAAUGGAAACUACCCUAAUAAUUCGAAGAAAAAUACAAAAAAACAAAUAAAAGUGUUAAACACUUUUGCUUCUUAUGUACUAUUUAAAGAUAAACAAGAAUGUGAUCAUAUACCGUAUAUUAUUAAAGAUUUCUCAGAUUGUUUAAAAAUUUUAUUAAUAUUUUAUAGAUAUGGAUAUUUUACUAAAGAAGAACUUAAAAAUAUAAAUAAAUUAGAUAUCAGAAAUAAUUUUUUUAUUUUGCAAAGUUUGUUGAGAAGAUUAAAUAUACCAAUUAUUUUGCAAAAUGCAUAUUUUAAUAACCCUUGUGAAAUUGCAAUUCUUUUACAGUUAAAAUACAUACAGUGUUUCAUUCAUAAUAAUGGUUAUGAAAAAGCUAUUGAUUUAAAGAAGGAAAAUUACAUUGUUAGCUUCCUAAUAAAUCAAGAAGAAAAUAAAAGUGCCAAAAUAAAAUCAAAGGACUCACUUUAUAAUGAUUUUAGCACAGAAUACAAUGAUUAUCAAAUACUUGAUAAAGAAUUUAAUUUAAAAAAAUAUAUAAAAAAAGACUUUGAAGAAUAUAAUAAACGAAAUUAUCAAAAAAGGAAUUUUAAGUCACAUAUUGAAAAAAAAGAUGUAAAUGUAAACAUGAAAAUAAAAAUAGAAAAUGAAAACGGAAAAAAUCAAAAUGAAAUGAUUGGAUCUAGUGAAAGUGAAAUAGAUGAUAACGAAGCAGAAAGCAGGGAAACAGAAUUUUUUAAAAACAAAGAAAAUGAAAAUUAUAGUAAAAUAAUUAAAAAUAUAAACAAUACAAACGAAAGCUUAAUAAUUGGAACUGAUGAAAGUGAAAAUCAAAUGGAACAAAUUUUAAUUGGAGAAAAAAAAAAAAAAAAAAAAAUGCAUAGAACAGAAAAUGAAGCAAACAAUAAAAAGAAAGAAGAUACAGAAAUAAAUGAAUAUUUAGAGAGAGAUAUCUUCAAAAAUACACCAAAAAGAGAUAUAAAGAAAAUGUUCUAUGAAAGAAUUAAGGAAUUCAUGAAUAAUGAUAUGAUAAAUAAAAAUGAAAGAAUAAAAUACAAAAUUAUAGACCCACUAAAAAAAGAUGAAAUAAUAAAAGCUGAAACAAGAAAAAUAACAAAAAUAAAAAUAGAAGAUGAUAAAAAUAAAAAAAUAGAAAUUAAUUAUAGAAAUAUACCAUUAAAAUUUAAAGGUAUAAAUUAUAUAGAGCAUAAACAAAAGGUAAACAUUUUUAAAAAUAAUAAACAAUACAAAACGAUAAGUAAAGAUGAAGAAAAAGAAAGAGUAAUAUUAAAAUUAGAAAAUAAAAAUAAAAAAAUCCCUAUUAAAAAACCACUAAAUUUAUUAGAUAAUCAUUUUAAUAAGAUGAAACAAAAUACGCAAAAAAAAUUUCCAAAAAAGGAUGAAGAUAACAAAAAUUUUAAUUUUCUUGAACUGAACAAGAAUAAAACAAUUCUAAAUGAACAAAUUGGUUUCCAUGACGUAAAGAAUAAUGCUAUAAAACAAGAAAAUAACAAAGGUCUUACUAUAAGAAAAUCAAAAAUGCUGAAAAAUAUUCUCUAA